CGUGAGCUGUAGACAAGCCUAACCCGUAACGCAACCAUACACGACAUGAAUGAUUGCACAAGCUCUCCAGUUGUCCAGCAAACCGCCAUAAAAUAGAGACAUCUCUCUCUCUCUCUCUCUCUCUCUCUAUACAUAAAUUCAAUUCUUCGUUGGAGGGAUGUACCAGUGGAGGAAAUUCGAGUUCUUCGAGGAGAAAUUCGCCGGAAAAUGCUCCAUCCCAGACGAAGUCGCCGGAAAUAUCACCUGCUGUUCGAGCGGCAGAGGGAAGACCGUCGUCGGUUCCGACGACGGCACUGUAACCCUACUCGAUCGGGGCUUGAAGUUCAACUAUGGCUUCCAAGUUCACUCCUCUUCCGUCCUCUUCCUCCAACAGCUCAAGCAACGUAAUUUCUUAGUGACUGUUGGGGAAGAUGAGCAAAUAUCUCCUCAGCUAUCAGGUGUUUGCCUGAAGGUUUUUGACCUAGAUAAGAUGCAGGAGGAGGGGACAAGUACAUCGAGUCCUGAAUGUGUUCAGAUAUUACGUAUAUUCACUAAUCAGUAUCCUGAAGCAAAGAUCACAUCCUUUUUAGUUUUAGAGGAAGCACCGCCGAUAUUGCUCAUAGCUAUUGGAUUGGACAAUGGUUGCAUUUAUGGCAUCAAAGGGGACAUUGCACGUGAGCGGAUCAAGCGGUUUAAGCUUCAGGUGGAUAGUCAUCCAGACGAAAGUCAGUCUUGUAUAACGGGUAUGGGGUUUCGAGUGGAUGGUCAAGCAACUCAACUAUUUGCCGUUACUCCGAGUUCAGUGAGCUUGUUUAGCUUGCAGGCUGAACCAUAUAGUCGGAAUACCCUAGAUCAGAUUGGAUGCAAUGCUAAUGGUGUUGCAAUGAGUGAUCGCUUGGAGUUAAUUAUUGGGCGAGAUGAGGCUGUAUAUUUCUAUGAAGUUGAUGGUCGUGGUCCUUGUUGGGCCUUUGAGGGAGAAAAGAAAUUCCUUGGAUGGUUUCGUGGAUAUCUUUUGUGUGUUAUUGCAGAUCAAAGAAGUGGCAAGAAUACUUUCAACAUAUAUGACCUGAAGAACCGUUUAAUUGCCCACAGUUUGGUUGUUAAGGAAGUUUCUCAGAUGCUUUGUGAAUGGGGUAAUAUAAUACUUAUAAUGGCAGACAAAUCAGCUUUAUGUAUUGGGGAGAAGGAUAUGGAAAGUAAGUUGGAUAUGCUUUUUAAGAAGAAUCUUUAUCCAGUAGCUAUAAAUCUUGUUCAGAGCCAGCAAGCUGAUGCUGCCGCGACAGCUGAAGUGCUGAGGAAGUACGGGGAUCAUUUAUACAGCAAACAAGACUAUGAUGAUGCCAUGGCUCAGUACAUCAACACCAUUGGUCACCUUGAACCUUCAUAUGUGAUACAAAAGUUUUUAGAUGCUCAAAGAAUCUACAACCUUACAAAUUACUUGGAAAAAUUACAUGAAAAGGGGCUUGCUUCAAAAGAUCAUACAACUCUUCUGUUAAAUUGUUACACCAAGUUGAAAGAUGUGGAAAAGCUUAAUGUGUUCAUCAAAAGUGAGGAUGGCAUCGGGGAGCAUAAAUUCGAUGUUGAAACUGCAAUAAGGGUCUGCCGUGCUGCCAAUUAUCAUAAGCAUGCAAUGUAUGUAGCAAAGAAGGCUGGGAGGCAUGAAUGGUACUUAAAGAUCUUACUUGAAGACCUGGGUAGUUAUGAAGAAGCCUUGCAGUAUAUUUCUAGUCUUGAACCAAGUCAGGCUGGGGUGACAAUAAAGGAGUAUGGAAAGAUACUAAUAGAGCACAAGCCAAUCGACACCAUUGAAAUUCUCAUGAGACUUUGCACGGAGGAUGGAGAACAAUCCAAGAGAGGUACCUCGAAUGGUGCAUACAUGUCCGUGCUACCAUCCCCUGUUGAUUUUCUCAACAUAUUUAUCCAUCAUCCAGAGUCACUUAUGGAUUUUCUUGAGAAAUACACCGACAAAGUGAAGGACUCACCUGCUCAAGUAGAAAUUGACAACACACUCUUGGAGUUAUACUUGUCUAAUGAUUUGAACUUCCCAUCAGUCUCACAAGCUAACAUCAGUGAAUAUGCUAAUUUCAGAGGGGAAAGGCCAUCAGCAGCUGGAACGUCAAAAGCAAAGUCCAAUGGUAAAUUAAGUGUGGAUCAACAAAAUUUGAAUAAGGAAAAGGAUCGUCAAGAAAGACUUCAGAAGGGGCUGCUCUUGCUUAAGACUGCAUGGCCAUCAGACCUGGAGCAUCCACUGUAUGAUGUUGACCUUGCUAUAAUUCUUUGUGAAAUGAAUGCAUUUAAAGAAGGGCUCUUAUAUCUCUAUGAGAAGAUGAAACUCUACAAAGAGGUGAUUGCUUGCUACAUGCAGGCCCAUGACCAUGAGGGUUUGAUUGCAUGCUGCAAGAGGCUAGGGGAUUCAGUUAAGGGAGGUGAUUCAACCCUUUGGGCAGAUGUAUUGAAGUAUUUUGGUGAACUUGGAGAAGAUUGCUCAAAAGAAGUCAAGGAAGUUUUGACUUAUAUUGAGAGGGAUAACAUCUUGCCUCCUAUUAUUGUUCUUCAGACCCUGGCCAGAAAUUCAUGCCUCAAUCUCUCUGUCAUCAAAGAUUAUAUAGCCAGAAAACUUGAACAGGAAUCAAAGCUAAUUGAAGAGGACAGACGAUCCAUUGAUAAGUAUCAGGAAGAAACAUUAUCAAUGAGAAAGGAAAUACAGGAUCUUAGGACAAAUGCCAGAAUCUUCCAGCUUAGCAAGUGCACUGCUUGUACUUUCACCCUUGAUCUCCCUGCUGUACACUUUAUGUGCAUGCACUCAUUCCAUCUGCGUUGCCUUGGUGACAAUGAGAAAGAAUGCCCCGAGUGCGCUCCCGAAUACAGAUCUGUCCUCGAAAUGAAGAGAAGCUUGGAGCUGAAUUCCAAAGACCAGGAUCAGUUCUUCCAGCUGGUUAAAAAUUCCAAGGAUGGAUUUUCUGUGAUUGCUCAGUAUUUUGGGAAGGGAAUCAUCAGCAAAACUGGCACUGCCGCAACUGGCACUCUUAGACCAGGCAACGCUUCUUCCAGCAGCAGCUUCUGAGAUUUGUUUGUUAUUAUUUUUCUUUUUUCUUGCAUUCACACUUUUAUUUGUUGGCUUGCAAGCAUUUGCUGAACCUUGUCAAGUAAUUUUUGGUGGGUUAUUGAGACUUUGGGGAUUCUCUGCAAUUAAUGGUCAUUGCCUCAUUUACAAAGAAAAUUAGCUGUUAGCACCUUGUUUGACCUAGUUGGUGUUGAUUUGGUCACUGAGAAGAGAGAAAUCAUGAGGUUUCUCUGCCAAGAACAUAUAAGGGAAGGUUAUGACAUGUAUCAUAUGUUCAAACUGGCUGCUGUAAUAUCAUGGCAGAGAUGUGCCACCUGAUUUUCCCGAGCAAGUUCACAAUGAAUGGUUUGUAUCGUCAAUUUUCUUGCAAAUAAAAUAAUUCUAGUGGUUGUUAGAUA